AUGAAUACGACUAAAGUAGCAUAGAAAAAUCACAUAAAAUUAGCUUAAAACUACUCAAGAAAUGGCAGUUAGGUGAGAGGACCACGCUCAGGUAGUGCAGCAAACAGUGGCUAAUCUACUCCUUGCAAUUCUAAUGUUAUUCUUAACCAAGCUCAUCUUUCAGCAAGUGGAGGAAGUGGCUCAUCCCAACUUUAUCCAAUGGCAAGAAAUGGCUCAGCUUAAAUUUUCAAUUUCCAAUAUGGGCAGGGUAAACGCGAUUCUAUUAACUCAAACGGCAGUAAUGGUUAAAGACUUAAUAGUCUUUGCAAUUAAGAAGCUAAUAAUACAAAGGCUUUAUCACAUAAAUUACUCGAAAGAAUGAAUAUUUUAUAGUCGCAUUUGGAUGUUAUCGGCCAAAACACAGCUAUCCACGAGCCUUAAUUUAGAUAAUUCUACUCUAAAUUUGAGGAAUAGACUGUUAAUAUGUUUAGCUAAGGUUAAAAUAAUGAAGAGCAAAAUUCUAAUUAAAAUGGAAACUAUCCAAUUAAAAAGCAUAAAGAGACUUUAGUGGGCUUAAAGAAAGAAGACUAUGAUAAACUUAUGAGAGAUUACAAUGAAUUAAAGUAAUGCCUUUGUAGCAGUAAAAGUACUUUAGAUAAAUAGGUUAAUGAUCUUACUUCAAUGGCAAAUGAUGUUGAGUAACAUGUAGUAUAUUAGCAAGAAUAGCAAGGCAUUUUGAUAAAGGACCUUGAAUUAAGACUAAAGGGGCAUUUUAUUUAGUAGACUUAAUAACUUGAUAAAUUAAUUGAUAGUGACUAUCAAGAGUUGAUGAGCUAAUAUAUUGAAAUAAUGGAAGAUUAAAUUGAUCAAGAGUAUCAAGAAAAUGAGUAGUAAAUCAGCUUGAUUGAGUAAUGUAUCAAUUAAAUUGAAGAGGAAAAUGAUUAGAGACUUUAAUAAAUUGAAAAUAUAUUAAAUGAUCUAGACGACCUUUAAUUAUAAUAAUAAAGCUAAAAUGACCCUCUAAAAGAGCAGCUUUAAAAUUGGAUGAGCUCUUAAAUUUGUCAAUUCUAAUAAAACUUUGAUAGAGAACUUUAAGGAUACUAUCAAAAGAAAGUUAUAAUGCUUAAUGAAGAGCAUUAAAUCAUUUAAGAGCAGCUAAGGUCUGACAUAAAGCAGGCAGAGCAUAAAUUGACUAUAAGACAAUCAGAUACUCAUUCUAUAUAAAUUAAUCAGUAGCAGGAAUUAAGCAGCCGAUCUAGUUCUGUUUAAACUAGACUUAGAAACGCAUCUUAGUAAAAAGAAAAUCAAUAAGAUAAUCAGUAAAAUCGAUAGAGCUAUAACUCUGCUACAAGGGAAAGAAUAGCUGCUGGAUCAAAUGCACUCCUAGAUAACUCAUCAAGACAAGUAAAAUCUGCUUAAUUAACUGUUGAGUAUAAAGAAAUAGAUGGAAAGCAGGAAAAAAUAAUGCGAGAAUAGAUAUCAGGAUCUAUAGCAAGAACUUUAUGA